AUGGCUACGAAAAAGCUUCUCUUUUUAACAGCCUCCCAAGUUCAGCGACUUCAUGCGAGAUAUGUCGUCUCCAAUGCUGUCCCGAUUCAGCCAAGCAUGCUGGAGUCUGCAGUCCAUUCACCGAUGAACAUGAAACACUACACAAUGGAGGAAGAUGUGUUUCGGCUUGCUGCAAAUCUUGCGGAGAAAAUAAUGAAAAACCAUGCCUUUCAAGAUGGGAAUAAACGCACCGCCUUACUGGCGGCCGAUAUGUUCUUGAAAAUCAACGGCUACUAUCUUCAGAAAGUGCCAUUCGCGGAGGAUACGCACAACAAAGGCCUGGCAAAUGCUCACGUUGCCGUUGUUACCAAUCAGUGGACCGCUGAUCAGUUAGGAGCCUACUAUAAAUCAGUGGCAGCACCCCUUGUUCCAUUUACUGCAGAAGUCUUGGAAUAUAGAAAUUCAGCUACCGAGUACUAG